AUGACGGCUAUACUUCCCGCCUCGAAUGAGGGGCGCUCGCGCUUUUCUUCGGAUCCUUUGCGAUGUCCAAUCACACAGACUUAUUUUCUUGACGAGCCCAACAUCGCCACGGCGAAGUUCAAUGUCCCCGAAUUUCACCGCAGGGAUUGCCCUGAUGAUGCUGCGCCCCCUUCGCCGCGUUCAGAUUCUUCAUCCCCAGACUUCACUAUCACAGCCGUGGAUCAUUUCCCUCCUACGCCAACGACUCUUAGCAGUCUGUCGCUUAUGAGUGAAGGUCAAGAGGACGGCGAUUUGGUCCUGCCGUCGUACGAUUCCAGCCAAUUCGACCAGAAGGAACCAAAGGCCCUGAGUGAUGUCUCUGUUGACUCAUCGGCCGACCUUCAACGCUUGACGCAGGCACCGGCUGCUGAUGAUAGCACAAUUGAGGAUGAACCGUCGAGGCACGUUGAUUACCUUUCUCAUGAGUGGAGGCAGGAGGAUAUAUGGGCCUCCUGGCGUUAUGUGGUCGCUCGAAGGAACGUUUAUGAUAAUGGGGUGAGGCUAGAGAAUGCUUCGUGGAGGACAUGGGCAAAACUCAAACUCAACCUGGGUACAGUGUCUCCGGAGGCCCUCAACUGGCUGAAGGAUUGUGAUGUCACAUGGCUGUACGGGCCUUUGAAAACGUGUACUAGGCGUGAGAAGCCAUCUAACGGCUCGCCUCCUCCAAGUUGUCUGGAGACGCCUACCAUGUAUCCGGAUAGGAAACCGAUUUUGAAAAAGAGGACAGCCUCCGAGACCAUCUUGCAGCGCUCUCUGUCCCAGCAUACGCUCUUGCAACAUGCUGGCGCCAUUUUGAAAGCACAGGAGGCUGAGACCAAUCGGAACCGUCCCCCAUUCCAGCGGUGUCCGUCGGAAUUUGGGCAGAUACUCAACAAAUCAUCCACCACACUCGUGGGAGAUUCGGCCAACGGUACCGUUACCAAUACCUCGUCGUCAGGCAUCGGGUCGCCUAGCGAAAGACGGCAUAUACACUUCAACAACGAAGUGGUGCAGUGUAUUGCCGUCGAGGCGAAAGAGGAAGAUGAUGGAUGGCCAAUUCCCUUUGACGAAGAGUCAUCAGAGGAUGGCAUUGUCAUGAUGAAACAGAUCCACUCCGACACAUCGAUUAGCGACAAAAGUACGCCGCGUGGCAGCUCAAUUGGUGAAAAUAAGACCAUUGCUCCGCUACCUUCUACCACACUGAAGUACCGAUGGGACAACCGACGGGACACGCCACAACCGCCUGCAAGUUCGAUAAUGAAUCGGUGGUCUAGCUAUUUCUCGAAAUCUACGCCAUCUUCAUCCGGGUCCGUGAAGCCCUCCCGGGCCUCCGCGCCAUCCGCCAAUUUUCUGUUGGAUGAAGAAGACAAUGAUUUGGCUUUCGACUGGGAGCCAAGCCGAAACUCCUACAGCUUUGGAAGUCUAAGCCGUUCUUGGUUUGUCAACCCGGAAGAUGACGAAGAGCUCGAUUAUUACUUUCACUCGAUGUCCCCAGGAGGAUCCACACCAAACGAAGAUGAACCGUUGAGUGCUAGUAUUUUUGACCGUGUGGCGGAUACCGUCAAUACGGCCAAGGAUAUUGCACACGUGAUAUGGAACGUCGGCUGGCGACGGUGA